CUGUCUCUAGUUCGAACUUAGUAUGUAGGCGUUGGGCUUAUCAGAUCUUUAAUAGAUUCUGUUAAGAUUUUCCCUACCUCUGGAUAUAAAUGAUAGGGUUAGAUAAAAGGAACCAAGCCUUUUACUUUGGUCACUUGACUGGAUAACUUCAUAUGAGUUCCCAGCAUUGCUCUUGAACAAGUCAUAGUUGUGCUUGAUGAAAGAAAAAGUGAAGUUCUUGACUGAAAUUGUGGAACACAUACUUUGUGAUUUUGCCAUAGAGUGGCAUAUAUGAUAUAUGUGUUGGUUUGCCCUUGUGUUGAUACCUCAGGCUUCCCAACUGGAGAAGUAAUUGGAUUUUUUUCAGUUGAAAUUGUGUAUUGACUGGUUCAGUUGCUCUUUCUGGAGUCUACUAACAUCUUUAUAAACUUUUACUGCUUUACCAAACAUUUGAAGAAUUUGUGUUCAACUGGAAAACAUUUAUCAGGAUGAAAAAUUAUUUGAAAAAAAUAUUAUUCAUCAUGGCUCUUAAGUGUUUUGUUUGAAUUUUUGAAAGUGGAACAAGUUCAUCCAGGUCAUUUCCAGAGAGUGACACUGAAUUCAAAAUGAUGGGAAAGGCUGUAUGUUUGAGCCUCCUUAUCUCUGUCUUCGCUGGUGUUGCAUCUGAUAGUAGAAGCUGCCCCAUGGAGUGCAACUGUAACACACAGACUAUGAUAGUGACCUGUGAGGACACUGACUUGGUGACCAUUCCUAAUGGUCUGCCAACAGACAUGACAACACUGGCCAUAUCUGGAACACCGUCAGUGCCAUUUGACAAACUGACCCACCUGAAACGCCAAGAUGUUAAAAAUGCCAAAGAUUAUCACACAAUCAUUAUCACAAACACAGCCCUUACGACCAUUGAUGCUGACGCUUUUCAGGAUUUGCAGGAAUUGAGAUUGCUGACUUUGAAAGAUAACAAAAUAUCACAACUUCACCUCGGAACCUUUGACAACCUGCCCAAUCUGGACUCUUUGGAUCUUAGUGGGAAUGAAUACUGUAAAGUUGAAGCAGAAACAUUUGCAAAUAUUCCAUCCUUGCAUUUCCUCUACCUGGGAGACAUGAAGCUUGGUCAUAUUGAUCUGAAAAACUUCCAGCGUGACACUUCUCUUCACGUGCUGGACCUUCAUGGAAAUGACCUGAGAAAGCUCCACAAGGACCUCCUUACCCCUCUCACCAGCUUAAAAACACUCGAUCUGAGUAACAACAAGUUAAAGAUCCUCCCAAUAGAUUACCAGUCAUUCUUGUCAAGUCUUGACCAUCUGGAUUUGUCAGACAAUCCCUGGCAAUGCAACUGUGCUUUGGACUGGAUGAGGAAUCUUCCACAAGUCUCCACAGCCAAAAUAGGAUCCCACACAGCCGUAGAAUGCUAUGGACCAGAUCGACUCAAGUUCCAGAACCUUAUUGACAUCCCUUCACCUGAUUUGCUAUGUAUUCCUCCAAAAAUCACCUGCAAUGGACCAUUCACUGUUCAGACUGGGGACACAAUCACCAUCAAGUGUCAGACAUCGGGAGAUCCAGAACCAUUUACCAUCUGGGUUGUCCCAGACUCUACUACAUUGGAUGAGGAUCACAAGAAGACUGGAUACGGAGUCGAGGGAAGUGUUCUGACCGUACAGACAGCUUCCAGUUCUGAUGGAGGUAACUGGACUGUGAUGGCCGUCAAUGUUGGAGGGUCUGUCAACACCACAGUUGUCGUAGAGGUGGAGGAGCCAGACGAUGUUGAAGUAGCUGCUGCUGAUAGUGACAUCAUGCCCAUCAUUAUAGGAGCUUCUGUGGGCGGGGUGCUGCUGUUGACAGGGGUGGGGCUCCUUCUCUACAUCCGACACAGGAAGAAGAAAGAUGAGGUUAAGCCCUUCAGGAACGAUGACGACAGUGACAAUGAACGUCACAUCAAGACCAAAAAAUCAAGAAAUGUUCCCCCUCAUGCUACGAGGCUAAGAUAACGUGAUAUCCAUGUUGAAUAUAGUUUAUCUUUCCACAAAUACAUUUCCUUCUUCAAAAUUCCAUUUGAUUAGUCCUGAAGGCUGUUUCAUAUUGCUGCAGAAUAACGUGAUAUCCAUGUUGGAUAGAGUUUCAUCUUUCCACAAAUACAUUUCCUUCUUCCAAAUUCCAUUUGAUUAGUCCUGAAGGCUGUUACAUAUUGCUGCAGAAUGUUUUUUGCUUUAUUUGACUAUUGCUGUGCACGUAGUUGUCUGUCAUACUGUGUUUGUGUCUCAUUUAAUGUAAUUCUUUUGUAAACUUUUCAUUUUUGGAGGAAAUGGUUCAUAAAAACAGCUGAGAGCAGAUAAACUCUAAAAAAUUGUUUCCUCUUUCAAUAAUUAAUUUUUAUGAAACAUGCCAGUGUUUUUUUGUUUAUUUAUUUAUUUUUAAAUAUUUCUUUCCUUUGUGUUAAAUCUACUCUAUGGUACCAGUAUAUUAUGUCAGGCCAGGUAAACAUGGUUUGGUUUUCAUUUAACUGUUGCUGAAAAAAUAUGUCCAAAUUCCCUUUUUUUUUGGCACAUAUUUUUAUAUUCCGUAAAUAGGUUGACCAAUGUUUUAGUUUCGUUAAAUAAAAUUGGCAUCCGGAAAUGUGAGACGAUUCUUCUCAACUUAUCAAGUUUCAAACUAGUACCUGUGUUUACCAUAUUUACAGUUCAUUUAACUGUAUCUUUUAUCAUCCUGACAAACCUGUGACUCUAAUCGAUACUGUUUUUAGUGUUUGGUUCUCAGUGUUAAUAUGGACAAGUUACAUUUAUGUCGUAUUAAAGGCCAGAUGGCCUAUGGUACAGAGUGUUCAAUACAUGAAUGUUGUCCUCAGACAAUUGAUGCACUUCAUGCCAUGUGAUCUGAGGUUAAACAGGUACAUUUCUUGUAAGAUAUUUAGUUAUUUAGGGGUAUUUGAUGUCCCCAUGAGCUGUUGAUAUUUUUCUUCAGUAGAAAACGUAUUAACUUAGGUCUGCCAUGGUGUUGUAACGUUGAUAUUGUAUUAUAAUUUUAUAAAAUGUGCAACUAAACUUACAAAACUUGUGCAGAAAAUCUUUCUCUUUAAAUUAUUCUAAUACAAUUUCAAUAUCUAAUGAUGACUAAUAACUAACAUGAGUACUUAGAAUAGAUGAUCUCAAAAUUUAUUAUGCCAAUUUUGAGAUUGAGUAUUUAUUCAAAGUUGACCGAACAUAUUUAAAACAUUUUAAUAUACCUUGUGCUAUUAAUAUUUAAUAUAUAAUAUAUGAAAGAUGUUACCACACUAUUGAGAAUUUGAGACCAUCAAUAUAACUGACACCCUGAUCACUGUUUAUGUCAAUCCCUGUAGAAAUGGUUAAAUAAAAUAUUGAAAAAGUUAGAAUUGCUUGAAGAAAGCAGAAUGUAGGGAGAAAUAUAGAAUUAUAUCUGCACAGGAAUAGUGAAUAACUUUACAGUUACACAUGUGUAAUUCUGCAUGUUCAUGUCAUCGGUUAUGUUUUAAUCCCAGACACAAGUGUUGUAUUGACUAAAUAUUAUUAUUCAUUCACAGAACAAAAAUAAUCAAGUCUGUACAUAAGAGCUCAUUUGGCUUCUUUCUGUAGCAUGUUCAAGAAGCUGAUAUUUUGUUUCAUAAAUAAAUUGCAAGUGAUGCUAUGAUAUUUGAUUAGCUGAUGAAGCACUUUUGUUUGCCUUUUUAUUUCAUAAACCGAAAAAAAAUAUUGUUUGCUGAUUGACUGAUUAUAGUAUGGACAGGUCUUGUGUUGCAAUUUUGCGCUGAACGAUGGCACUGAUUUGUUGUUGUCUACAGUUUUGUGUGUGUGUUAAUGAAUAAAUAAGCAGUCUGUGAAGUUAUUAUUGUUGAAAUAUUUAUUUAUAAGAGUAAGAAAAAACAGUGUGCCACAUUUCUGAAUAUAGAAGUUAAUUCGUAAAUAAACUGGCUCACUAUUACAUCCAUUGACACAAAUAUUUUAUCGACAGAUUUUCUUCCAUGAGGGGUGGUGGGGUAGCCUGGUUGUUAAAGCAUUCGUUUGUCACACCGUAGACCCUGGCCUGAUUCCCCUAAUGGGUACAAUGUGUGAAUCCCAUUUCAGGUGUCAAUCAUCAUCAUAUGGAUGGAAUAUUGCUAAAAAUGGUGUAAAACCAUACUCACUCACCUACUCUCAAAUAAGACAUAUCAAAAAGAGAAAAUAAAUUCACUACAUCUACACCAAUAUAUUUUUCUAGAGAGCAAGGGAUUUAUAACAAAAAUAUAUAUAUAAUGGAGUUAAUUUGCGGUGUGUUUUUUUCAAAAACAAUUUGAUCAAAGAAACUUUUGAAUUAAUGAUAUAAACAUGUUUUAAUUAAACAUAUUCUCCUUCAAACUGAGUUAUCGUUUAUACCUUUAAGAAAUCUAGGGUAAGCAUUGUGAACAUGAACGUGACUUAGUCUGACCGACAUGGCCUCAGGGGCUAAAAAUAUGAUCCUGAUAAUUAGAAAAAUAGUCCUUAAAAGCUGUUUAUUCUGAUCACAAGGUGAUAUACUGUUGCCAUUUCUAAUAUGUAACACUUACAGGAGUCACACAGAACAAAUAUACUAUUUGUCUACGACAUGAAACCACUUUGUAGCAGUUGAUAUUCAACAUGGUUGACAUUUUUUGCGUAGUGGGAGAGAUCGAUUA